GCUCUUGUCGAGGUCAAUUUUCUUGCAGUGGCACCGUACCAUAAGACUUAAAGUUCGAGAUAGUUCAAAUUGAUAAGCAUUAGGGACCGACCAUCCAUCUGGAAAAAAUCAAGAACUUCAGUUUGUUUGUUGGCGGGUAAAUUUCUAAAAUUUUCCAGAAAAUAUGCAAUUUAGAAUGAUAGAAAUUUAUUUUUAUUCCGCCCUAAAGAAGCCCAGAUCUGAACUUCCUUGUUGGCGCUCCAUCAUCUUCCUCUACAGAAGGAAACUCAACAAAUUCUGCUCCAUGUGUUUCUUAUCCCAUUUUCCUCAACCAGAUUGAUGAUAUUCUUGAUCUUAUGUGUAGUUCAUGGCCUUUCACAUUAGUUAACCAAAAUUUGAUUCAAAUCUUCUCAAUUGGUGGUGGUGGCGGUGGUGGUAGUUAAUCAUUCUACCACUUUACUCACUAACUCACCAAAGCCAUCGCCCAUCGGCCCAAAACAACCUACCGUACAUAUAGACACCACCUCCCCCUACCCCUCGGCCACCUGCUACACAUUCCACACUGCAACCCUCGCAGCACUUGGGCGUUCCUUCCUUCUCACACAACCACCCUCGUAGCUCCUCUGCUUCACCUUGGGGACUUGUCUUAUGCUGUAACAGUCUCCCUCUAUUAAAGCCCACCAAUACCUUCAUCUUCCUGUCACUAUCAUCUACAGUUAGUCAUGAUUAAUGCCAGAACUCUGCUUCUACUCUACCUCCAGAUCCAUAUCUGGUGGUACAGUGGGAGAGAUGUUUUGGAAGUCGCCUUUUGCUUUCCUCUAGCUCCUUCCUCUCCACCUCCUUCCUUCUUUUCCUUCUCUCUCCUCUUCACUUGAACUUCCCCAGACAAAGGAUGCAGAUUCUGAUGAUCAGGAGAUUGUUCGCAGUUGGGGAGCCUCUCGACAGAUUCACAAUGAUAUAAUCUAUUCCGUUGAAGCCCAUGAACUUGCACAGGUUAUUCUACCAGUUCAGAGCACCGAUGAAAGCACUCACCACGGUAUCGUCCAUGGUGGUGGUGGACGAGGUGAUCGAGUACAGGGAAGGGAAGCUGCAUAGUGACCAUGGAGGAGGAGGUGGAGGCGGAGGAGGGCUUGGUUGAUAAUGAAGCUGCUUUAGAAACAAGGCCUCACUCGAGGUCUACCACUACUGCUGUUACCAUCAUUGUUGAACCAGUGAAGGCCAUGGAAGAAAAUGGGUCUCGACAAGGAGGAGGAGGAGAAACAGAGAGGAGCAUUUACUUUGAGAGGGGAAAUGAAGAUGGAGGAAUAUGGAAAUGUCGUCACUGCAUUUGGACAUACCAAAUGGAAGGCCUUGGGGUUGACUGUAUGCAGAAAUCUAAAGGGCACCACAAUGAGCCAAUGACUUUCACCACUUUGCACGGAUGGUGUUUUGGAUUAGGAUUUGAAGGUAUUGAAUCCAAUGAUAGGAUCCCUGAGGAGAUGCCAGGAAAUGAAAAAUCAGACUUCAGUAUAGAGAAAGCCGACAGUCAAAAGAGUCUAGUUACUGGACAUGGCCAGAAAAGGGAUGUGAAUCUUAAGGAUAGCAGCCUCUAUGAUUUGCAUCAUCUACCUUCUGAAAAGUCAGAGUCAAGUUUUGAGCCUGUUGAUAAUGGAUCAGGGGAAGAUGCAGAUGUUGCGCUAUUAAAAGACAGAAGACAGGAAGUUGCUGAACUGGAUGUUGAGAGGGUUAUAUUGGAGCAGGAUACUCAUGAUUUGUACUGCCCCAACUGUAAUUCUUGUAUCACUAAAAGGGUUAUUUUACGUAAAAGAAAAAGGACAAUUCGACGCAUUCAUUAUGAUGCAAAGCGAGAGAAAAUUGAUACGGUAGUUAAUUUGGAUGGAACCAAUGAUGAAAGUCGUGAGGUAGCUGAAUCUGUUCUGGAUAGUAGUCCUGCACAUCCAGUCAAUGACUCCAAUCGUGAUACGGGACCUGAUAUAUUUAGAUGUUUAUCAUGUUUCACCUAUUUCAUUCCGACAGCAGCUCGUGGCUUUAAAUUAUUCCAGACUUCUGGAAAUAGGGACGACCGUGAAAACAUACAAAACCCUGGAAAGAUAUCAGCGAGGAACGUAAAAUGGUUUUCCUCUUUCUUUGAGACGAUGAGAGGAAAGAACACUGCUGAGCAAGGGGAUAUUGCAACUCAACCUGUUGAAGAAGAUGCAGAAGCAUUGAGUCAGACAGAAUGUUUGCCUGAAACUCUUCCCAGCAAAAAAAUGGAUCAUCUUUCAGAUAAAGGAGUUCACUUGCCUAUGGAUGUUACAACUCAACAUGGUGAAGACAAAGCAUUGAUACAAUCAGAAUGUUUGCCUGAAAUUCUACCUGUCCAAGAAAAGGAUAAUCUGUCAAAUCAAGGAGGCUGCUCACCUGGUUUUCCAAUGUCUGUGAAUGGUGCAGGCACAGGAUUUCAGCAGGUUGGGGAUAAAUCUGCCUUUUCUCUGAUCGAAAAUCCAACUUCUACAUUCAUCGGAAAAGUGGCAACUAAUUUUGGGGAGAGGCAAGAUGAUACAACAGAAAAUAUCAGAAAAGGUAUUGUCCAAGACUCUGAUCAGCAGGUUGGGGGCAAUUUUGCCUUCUCAGUGAUAGAAAAACCAACUUCUACAUCCAUCGAAAAAAUGGCAACUAAUUUGGGGGAGAGACAAGAUGAUACAACGGAAAAGAUCAGUAAAGUAGUUCUUGUGGAUAAGAACAAUGUGCCAGUACAAUCUCCAAAAGUUGUGACUGUCGAAGAAUCUUAUGCGACUGAGAGGAUUAAGGUGUCAGCUGAGGAAUUCCAGAAAGAUGUGCGCCAAGUCACUACUACGACAGUCACUACUACAUCCAUGCAAGAAGCAGUGGGAUUACCCGGACGUCAAUCCAAUAGAGGAGAUGAUGUUGCAGUAUCUAUUCGUGCUGAUCAGGAUGUGCGUGACAUUGGUUUAGCUGUACCAGGAAGAACUCAUGAAUGGGACAUCUUAAAAAGCAUUAUAUAUGGUGGUUUAAUUGAAUCAAUUACAAGCCUGGGUGUUGUAUCUUCUGCUGCUGCUAGUGAUGCUACCACAUUGAAUAUUGUAAUUCUGGGAUUGGCAAAUCUAAUGAGUGGAUUCAUCAUCAUUAUUCACAAUCUUAAGGAACUGAAGUAUGAUUACCAUGGAGCAACCAGUGAAGCAAAUUCAAAUAUUGAUCGAUACCAAGAAACACUCGGAAGGAGGGAAAAUUUCCGAUUGCAUGCAAUUGUCACACUGAUGUCAUACAUUGCAUUUGGAUUACUGCCACCUGUUAUAUACGGCUUUUCUUUCCGUAGGAGCAACGAUAAGUCAUACAAGCUCAUAACUUGUGGCGCAGCUUCCCUUGUGGCCAUUAUUCUACUUUCUAUAGGGAAAGCUCAUGUUCAGAGGCCACCAAAGUCCUAUAUCAAGACUAUACUGCACUAUUUGCUCGUUGGGCUGACAGCUUCAGGCCUUUGUUAUGCUGUAGGUUUGCUGAUCAAAAGGCUCCUUGCGGAAUCAGGUUGGUUUGAUACCCUUUUUGCUCCUUCAACUGCAUUUCUGGAUACAAGAUCUACCUUUCUGGAAACAAGAUCCAUGAAGUCAGGAUGGGCAUACUAUAGAUAAGAACGUGUGGAACACAUAGGUGGUUGGCACAUCAGAAUUAUCAUUAAAUAAAUAAAUAAUUAAGCUCUUUCAUUGGUCAGCAGGUGCAAGUCCAGUAGAGUUGCAACUCCACCUGUCACCUGCGUGGUGGGGCUCAAAUUUUUCUCAUAAGUAGAUUCUAGUCUCUUCUACUUACAUGCAAGUUUUAGUAUAAUUUGACUUUGUCUAGUUUGAAAGUAGAGUGAAGUAAAAUGGUGGAGAAAGGAAAGUGCAAUACAAUGUGAGUCAUAUGAUAUAAUUUUCUUUUUGGUAUUAUGAACCCCCCACCCAAAAAUAAACAAAUAUGAAACCUUAACCCCCAUGAAGGGUGGACUCAA